UUCACAUGCAGAUAUUGGCGGCACUCCACACACAUGGAUCUCAUCCGAUUUGAGCUCAUUUCCACAUACGCCAAAACCACCAUCCAAAUCGAGCGAUGUUCAACCGGGUCAGGCCCUGGUCAAGGAAGACGCCUUCGCAAGACCUGCACGAAUGAAUUGGAGCUCGCUUCUGCCUGUAGCAAACGAAACCUCAUCCUCAACAGCACUUUCGCCUUCAGAGACUGCUCGAUUUGCAUUGGUGGACGGAUUGAUGCGUGAUGGCUUAGCAUUCGUCACUGGCGUUCCGACUGACAAGACUGGUGAUUCAAUUCUUGCUUCAGACGAAAAUUCACCAAAUUUGGCACGAUUGGCGGAAAUGUUGGGUGAAAUUCGUCAUACAUUCUAUGGUUCGCUUUGGAACGUUCGUUCUUUAGGAUCUUCUUCACGUAAUAUCGCUUAUACGAAUCUUGAUCUUGGCCUUCAUAUGGAUUUAUGCUACUUUCAAAAUCCUCCUCGCUUCCAGUUUCUACAUAUGCUCCGCAAUCGAGUUCAAGGUGGUCAAAGUAUCUUUGUAGAUGCGUUUGCCGUUGCAGAAGAGAUGUGGAAAUCACAUCGAGAAGCUUGGAAAGUGCUGACGGAAGUACCGGUUUGUUUUGAAUAUCAAAAUGAUUCACGUCAUUACAGAUACACUCAUCCUACGUUUGAAGUCGCAAGAGAAAGUUCAGGACAUGCAGGUCCCAACGGUUCGGAUGGUAUGCCUAGAUUGACGGCGAUCAAUUAUUCACCACCUUUUCAAGGAAAUCUGCCACUUCGUUGGCCAAGUGAUGGUGUCAUGGUAGAUGCUUCGCCUGCUACCCGUAAAGCAUUCUAUGAAUCUUUGAAAAUCUUUGCCGAUCUCACCCACGAUGCUCGAUUCCGAUAUGAACGCAUGUUACAAGAAGGAGAAUGUGUAGUGUUCGAUAACCGUAGAGUGCUACAUUCUCGACGUGGUUUUGAAUGGGAUGAAAAAGCAGAAGGUGGAGAUGACGUGAAACGAUGGCUAAAAGGUUGCUACGUAGAUGGAGAUGCAAUUUGGAGUACAUAUAGAACAUUGCUCGCUAAAUCAAGAGGUGGCUCUCUUUUAAAUGUUUGAUUCAAUUUUUGUACUAUAUUA